UUUAUUUUCAUCCGAGUCACAACACCCAACAAAUUCCUCGUCAUUUGGCCUUUAAUACCCUUCACCCAAAUAUAAAAGGCCCUGUGAAUCCCGAAUGUUAUGUUAUGAAUUAUAAAAAGCUCGAGUUAAGAAUUGAGAUGACGUGGAAAUUGCAAUGAGUGUGUAAUUCUAAAUAAAGAUUGCGGGAGUUUGGCGGUGGAAGCGCGUCCGGCGUCAGUCGCAGAACUACCGUUGUUGAAUUCGGACGAACUUUGUGAGACAGAAAUAGCCAUCAUGGUGUACGACAGCGACUUCUACACGACGCGCCGGCCCUACUCCACCUACCGGCCCUCAUCCUACAGCAGCGUCACGCGGCCGCCCGGGGACUGGGACAAGGUGCCGUUCGUGCCGCGGCCGAGCCUCGUGCCCGCGCCGGUGACGGCCUUCGGGCGGCGGUCUCCGCGGGGCGCGCGCGCCAGUGUGACCGACCCGGUGGUGCGGCAGAACAUCGCGCCGCUGCCCGAGAGCAAGCUGCGGCCGCUGGCGCCGUACGUGUCCCCGCGCGAUCAGACCCGCGCGCGCGUACUGGCGGCCGUGGGCGCGCGGGGCCGCUGCCUCGAGGCCGACCCGCUGGGCACGCCGCGCGGGCAUAUGGACGUGCUGCUGGCGCAGGCGCACGGGCGCCCGCUGCCCGCCGCGCACCGCCACGUCUACUACUCGUCGUACGCGUCCUACUGACCACUCGGCGCUUGUGUGUUUGCUUUCGCUUAGGUAGCUAGGGUCGGUUUGCGCUUGGCUACAGCGGGUUGUG